AUGGCUCAAAGUGCUGUAAGAUGGCCGCGGUUUUGCGUACUUCUGGCUUUGGGAAGUACCUGCUUUGUACAGCUGGCUUCGAACUUCGUGUUCGGAAGAUCGCACCAACAGCAGCGCUCGAGGUGGAGAGCAGCACCCGUUCUUGCCGUGGCUAGCACUCCUGAUGUUGACCUGGACACGGAGCUUGGAAUUUUGGCUCCUCUACCUCACGCGGGACUAUCAAGAUACAAAGGAGCUUCCUUUGAUGCGGAGGCCUGCGGCGAGGCAUGUGAAGCGCUGGCAGCAGCGAUUGGCGAAGGCAAUGAGCAGCAGGUCGAUGGCCUCAUCACAGCACUGAAGCUGAUGAUGCCGCCUUGCAGCGGGGCCGAGCAAGCCAUGGGGCCCCCUCGGGAUGACUUCAUUCUCAGGCCGGAGGUGCUGCAGUGGUCCGAGCAGGACUUCCUCGGCGGGCUUGAAGAGAACAUGCGCAUUGUCCAGGAAUGUGAGGCCAAGUUUGCGCGAAUGAUGGCCUCACAUCCCGAGGGCUUCCGUGCACCUGAAGUUCUGGCGGCAGCUUUGGACCUCGCAGUUGUGUACUUGAAGAACUACGCCUUGGACAAGGCCGAUGCCCUCUAUGAGGCCACCAAGCCGCACUGCCUGUCUCGUGGUUUGCCAUGGAAUGUCAAGUGGUUCCAAGAUUGUGCAACAUUGAGGUGUAAACAAAAUCGCCAAGCCGAAGCAGCCCCAAUGCUGGAAGAAGUUGCCAAACUGACGCCUCCACAUGAGGCGACGCUGCGUAACCUGGGAACCGUAUACAAUCAGCUUCGAGAGCAUGAUAAAGCCAAAGUUUAUUUUGAUGCUGCAGCGGAGUUGGUCGGCAAGAGGACCGAACAGGGCAAGCUCCUGCUUGACAAGGAGGAUCUGUGGAACAUAGGCUUGGUCCAUAAGAACAAGAAAAACUAUGAAGAGGCUGCACCGAUGUUGGAGCAGGCGUUGGAGAAAUGGUUAAAAGAGGAUCCAGAAGAUGAUGUCACUCUGGCAAAGCUCUACGACUCAGUGGGCAGCUGCUAUGACGAGAUGGGCAGAUAUGAAGAUGCCGUCGAUGUUUUGCAGAAAGCCAAAACUCUGUAUGACCGAAGUAUUGGCACAGAAAGCCCUUUGUACGGCAGCGCUUGCGAGCGCCUGGCCAGAGCGCUUGUGCACGCCCGUCAAUAUCAGGAAGGGCUCGACAACUUGAUUGAAGCCUUCACAGUUAUUGCACUGCAGGAUGCAGUGCAUCCUACGCCCUUGUUCGAGCUGCUGGGGAUUGCCUUGGAGGAAAUUCCCAUCACCAAAGAGAUUGACACGGCAGAGCUAGCACGGCUGGAGAUGCCAAUCCAAGCAGCUGUGAGAAACAUGCAUUACCGCGGUCUGGACCAAGACGGCAAUUGUGGCGUCUUGUUCGAACGGAUGGCACGCGCUUUGGUGCUUUGCAGUCAAGCCGGAGGCAAUGCGGCUGCACAGGCGGCUGCUUCGCAAAGACGAGGAACGGCGCGCGCGCUGCUGCGGCAUGCCGCCCCAUUAGUGGAGGCAGCCACCCGUGAUGGUUUGGCGGAUCUUACACAUGUCUCUAUGCUCAUAGAGACGGAGCUGCAAGCGCUGGACAACCAAGAUGCUGCAGCACGCCUAGCGAUUGGGCCUGAGUCAUCGCCACUUGCUGAUGCGCAGCCGCGGAUGCCCAGUGCAUCCGGCGACGAAGGCGACAUCCCCAAACAGCCCAAACAGAGUCAAGCUGGAGAGAUGGACCAGGCAUACCAGGCCACCAUCCCGGAAGGCACCCAGGUGACAUCACAAGCAACCACAACCACCAGCGGAGCAACCGCAACAUGGCGGCCAAGGUAA